GCUGGGAUUACAGGCGGAAGCCACCAUGCCCAGCUUUAAAUCUAAAUCUCUUUACGGUGAAGAGAAAUACAGAGAGGGGUAAAACGGCUAAAGGAUGUCUGUUUGGAGGCGAGGAAGGUCGCCCAGAGGUCAGGCACGCUCCCCCGCGGCGGAGACAGCUGGGCUUCUCCGAGACUCCUAAAUCCUGCCUCGCAUCUCUAAUCGGCUUAACAAUGCGAACCAGCUGGGUGACGCGCGCGCACUCUCUCGGAAGCUUGAGUCUCGGCGCCCGCCGUAGACGUCGCGACGGAGGCGGCCCGUUGCCUUGGAGCCAGCGAGACGCGGCUGGGCCUCCACCUCUGUGGAGAGGGCCAGCCGCGGGCUUUGUUCAACAUGUCGGUGCUGGAUGCGCUUUGGGAGGACCGAGAUGUCCGCUUCGACCUGUCCGCGCAGCAAAUGAAAACAAGACCCGGAGAAGUCCUUAUUGAUUGUUUAGAUUCAAUUGAAGACACCAAAGGAAAUAAUGGAGACAGAGGUAGACUCUUGGUAACAAAUUUAAGAAUUCUCUGGCACUCUUUGGCAUUACCAAGAGUCAAUGUUUCUGUCGGUUAUAAUUGCAUACUGAAUAUUACAACAAGGACUGCUAACUCUAAAUUACGAGGCCAAACUGAAGCUCUUUAUAUACUAACAAAAUGUAACAGUACUCGUUUUGAAUUUAUAUUUACAAACUUGGUUCCUGGAAGCCCUAGACUUUUUACUUCUGUGAUGGCAGUACACAGAGCAUAUGAAACUUCUAAAAUGUAUCGUGAUUUUAAAUUGAGAAGUGCACUAAUUCAGAACAAGCAAUUAAGACUGUUACCACAGGAACAUGUAUAUGAUAAAAUCAAUGGAGUAUGGAAUUUAUCCAGUGAUCAGGGCAAUUUAGGUACAUUUUUUAUUACCAAUGUGAGAAUUGUGUGGCAUGCAAAUAUGAAUGAUAGUUUUAAUGUCAGUAUACCAUAUCUGCAAAUUCGUUCAAUAAAGAUUAGAGAUUCAAAAUUUGGUUUAGCUCUUGUCAUAGAAAGCUCUCAGCAGAGUGGUGGAUAUGUUCUUGGCUUUAAAAUAGAUCCUGUGGAAAAACUACAAGAAUCAGUUAAGGAAAUCAAUUCACUUCACAAAAUCUAUUCUGCCAGUCCCAUAUUUGGAGUUGAUUAUGAGAUGGAAGAAAAGCCACAGCCACUUGAAGCUCUGACAGUCGAACAGAUUCAAGAUGAUGUAGAAAUAGACUCUGAUGACCACACGGAUGCUUUUGUGGCUUAUUUUGCUGAUGGCAAUAAGCAACAAGAUCGUGAACCUGUAUUUUCAGAAGAACUGGGGCUUGCAAUAGAGAAAUUGAAGGAUGGAUUCACCCUGCAGGGACUUUGGGAAGUAAUGAGUUGAUCUUGAGUUGAGAUGGAUUUCUAUUUAAACAUAUCUCAAGUUUAAAGAUACUAGUCACCUGCCAUAAGUCAUGGAAUAGUUUUUAUAUUUACAACUUUUAUAUUUAAAGCUUUUAAGAGUUUUUAAUGAUUAAGGAAAAACUCGUUU